AUGUUUUGUCUUGUUCCCAUAACUGAUCUUGUUAUAAUUAAACCCAAGAAAUUUGGUUUUGAACUACAGGACGUCAUCACACGAGAACUUAAUUCACGUUUCUCAAAUAAAAUUUUAUAUAAAGUUGGUCUAUGCAUAUCAGUGUGGGAUAUAACUUCGAUUGGUGAUAUGUACGUAUCACAUGAUGAUGGCUCAUACCAUGUUAAUGCCUCUUUUCGUUUGAUUUGUUUCCGUCCGUCCGUGGACGAGGUAAUUAUUGGGAGUGUGAAGAACUGUAUCAAAGAAGGUAUUCAGGUUUCCCUUAACUUCUUCGACGACAUUUUCAUACCCGCAACUAAAAUGAAGCAUCCUUCAAAAUUCGAUUUCGAGCAGCAGAGUUGGAUUUGGCAAUAUGAAAACGAGGGAGAAGUUGCCGAAUUACGAAUUGAAAAGAAUGAUUCUAUCAGAUUCCGUGUGGAUCAGGAGAUCUGGCAAGACCCAAAUCCGACUGAUGAAAAAGAUAACCAAGCUACCCUAGCUUCUUUUGGAUUUAAAUCCCCUUACGUCAUCUUGGGAUCCAUUGCAGCAGAUGGUCUUGGACUUACGUGCUGGUGGAUCAACUGA